UUUGUUGCCGAGAUUGUUUUUUCAGAACCACGUUCGAUUUUGAAUUUCAUUCGUCUUCAAAUAUUAAUUCUUGAUAAUGUACAAAAUAUAAAUUUUAACAAAUUUUUUGAUUAUUUAAUAUGUUUAACUACCCUUCAUGCAAUCACUAUUUCUUUUGUUAAAGAUAUAUCAUCAUUAGAUAUUAUUUUUUCUCAAAUAUUUCGUACAUCGACAUUAAAAUAUUGUAAAAUUGAAUAUCAACAAAUACUAUCUAUUGAUUUUACUAAUUAUGAUUCUAGUUCAAUAGAAUAUUUAAUAAUAAAUGGUAAUUUUCCAUUUAACGCAUUUCAUAAUUUAUUAUGUUGUCUUCCUAAACUUCAACAUUUAUCAAUUAAUUAUCUUGGUAGACGUGUGGAUUAUCAAGAAAGAAACAAAUUAUCUUCUAUUCAAUUAAAAUAUUUAAAACGUGUUUCUCUUAAACUUUUUGAUGUACAUUUUGAUAAAUUUGAGAAAAUUAUCAAAGAAUUUUUUUAUCAUAUUCAAAUUUUAUGUCUUACAAUAACGUGUGAUGAAACAUAUUUAGAUGCUAAACGAUGGCAACAAUUAAUCUUCUUUCAUAUGUCAUAUUUACGUAUAUUUGAUAUUAAUCAUCAAACUUUUCUAAACAAUAAAAAUUUAAGAUAUCGUGAUAUAAUUAAUCAAUUUAAUUCUUCGUUCUGGAAUGAAAAUAAAUGGUUUUUUACACAUCAACAUAAACAGGAAUACCAAUUAAAUAGUGGAAUUUUUUAUUCAACUAGUCCAUAUCGAAGAAAAGAUUAUACAUAUUAUUGGGAGAUAGAUGAAAAACUCGGUUUAUGUCAUCAAAGAGAAAAUUUCAAAUCGGUCAAACAUCUUACUAUUGCGAGUAAAAUAAAACCAAAUUGUCGAAAUUGUUUUUCAAAUGUUAAUCAAUUAACUAUUCAUUAUUACGCUGAAACAUUAGAUGAAGAUUCAUUUAUAACAAAUCUUAAAUCUAUGAUUCCUUUAAAACAACUUACAAAAUUAGUUAUUAAAUCUUGUCCUUUUCCAUUAGAAGAAUUUAUUAAAUUAUUAUGUUUAACACCUAAUUUAUACACAUUACAAUUUAAUACAUAUUCUUUGCAAGAGAUUGAUUCAAAUUUCACUAAAUACAAUACACUUUUACAAGAUAUAUUAAAGAAAAAUAAAAUUGAAAAUUUAGUUCUUACUGGUAAUUGUUCAUUGAAUCAAAUUCGAUUCAUUAUUUAUGUAUUUUCGAAAUUAAAAUAUCUUAACAUUGAAAUAAAUAGUACAACAGAAAUAUCAUCAAUAAUUCAAUAUUUAUUAUCAAAAACUCAUAAUCAAGCACAACACUUAUUUUAUUUAUGUAUUUCAUAUUUUCCAGAAGUAUGUUUAAAAGAAACAAAGGAUUUAAUUAAAUUAGAUAAUUUACUUGAUAAUUACUCUAUUGAAUACAUUAGUCAGCGUUUACAUUUAUGGUGGUAA